UGUUGCGCGCAUUAAAGGGCCUGGAGGCGGCCCAGCUGGGGUCAGUUUCUCCUUAAACGUGCAAGUGAAGGUACGCUCUUUCCUCCGCUCCUCUACUCUUCUACCAAUUUGAAAUGGUCGGCUGGGGAUACGCAAAGGCAAACGGACCCGCCACUUGGCCAAACCUGUUUCCCAUCGCAGGUGGAAGGCGGCAGUCCCCUAUUGAUAUCAAGUGCGAGGCUUGCCAGAAAGAUUCCAGUCUUUCCAAGAUCCAGGCUGUGUACAGCGGCAUCAAGGUCUCAGAGUUGUCUAACACGGGACACGCCUGGAAGGCACAAGUCUCCGGAGGCAGUUCAAGCCUGAAGGGCGGUCCACUGGGCACUGACGAGUACGUGCUAGAACAGUUCCACUGCCACUGGGGCAAGACCAACGACAAAGGUUCAGAACACACUGUCAAUGGCAAGUGCUACGCUGCUGAGCUACACUUGGUACACUGGAAUAAGAGCAAAUUCUCAAGCUUUGCUGAAGCAGCAUCCUCUGACGGCGGUCUUGCUGUCCUGGGAAUGUUUUUAGAGGUUGGCAGUGAACACGAGGAACUGAACAAGGUGUGCAAGCUACUACCCUUCGUGCAACACAAGGGUCAGGCUAUUACUGUCACUGAACCAAUCAGUCCAGCUGCGUUCAUCCCCAAAAAUGGCUCCUACUGGACAUAUGCUGGCUCCCUCACCACUCCACCAUGCUAUGAGUCUGUCACCUGGAUCGUAUACGAACAUCCCAUCCAGGUGUCUCAGACACAGAUGGACGCUUUCAGGUCAAUGAAGUCUUAUCAUCCUUGCGAGACUUGUCCUGAGGAUGAGCUAGCAGGAGCACUGGUUGAAAACUAUCGACCCCCGUGUCCUCUCUGUGACCGAGUUGUCAGAGUUUACAAGGAUUCAGUACAAGAGGAAUAAUCAGUCUACAGAAAUCGCUAUACUGGACUGCAUAUACAAAAAUAGUGUCUGAACAUGAUAAAAAUUGGCACGUAUAUUUACAUUCUGAUUAUGCAGAAACUGAAGUGACGAUUGUAUUUCAGGGCAUUGUAUUAUUGUGAAUGGCACAAGAAACAUUUAAAAAGAAUGAAGGUGUGUAUCUCAUAAAUGAAAACUGACUUGAAGCUUUCGGAGGCUAAAAUUAUACAGUACCAUAUGCAGAAAUCAAUUUUAAAAGCAAGAUAAAUAAUUGUUGAAAGGGACUUUAUUAAGCAGCAGCGAUAGUUAUAAAUAAAACCAAUACAGGACCAAAUAGCAAGAGGAGCAGGACAUUGUCGAGAACCAACGAGAGGAACACAGUACUAAGAACCCAGCAACAGCACCUCGAUACCAAGAACCAACAAGAGGAUCACAGUACCAAGAACCAACAAGAGGAGCACAGUGCCAAGAACCAAAAGGAGGAACACAGUACCAAGAACCAUCAAGAACAGCACAGUGCCAAGAACCAAAAGAAGGAACACAGUACCAAGUACCAACAAGAGCAGCAGGGUACCAAAAUCUAACAACAAUACAAACAAUCAUAACUCAGUCCUGUAUUGUGCUUUGCAACACACAAUUUACCUCUAAAUACUGCAUGUUUACAAAACACUAAAGAACGUUGAACAUUCUCUCGUACUCCCUCGAGAGCCCUUGUUAAAUUUAUAGCAGUAGUCCCUUAGGCAUUUGCAUGUUAAAAUACAGUAGUUGGAAAAUGCACUAACAGCAAUAUACCCAAGAGGUAAAUUACAAGCUGAGGAGAAUAUGUAUACUAGACACCCUUUUCCCCCUAAUAAACAGCAAGUGGUGUACUUACCAUUGCAUUAGCAUUUCCCUCAGCAAUGUGAAGGGUUUUCCAGUCUAUGAAACAAGUUGUUACUAUACUCGUCUUCCUUUAAUGAAUCGUUGGAUGCCAAAUACUGUUAAAUACUAUUACAAUGGUGAUACAGCAUAUAAUAAUGUUUAUAUACCUUUUUAUUUGAAUAAAGAUACUUUAUUAAACAAUAAACGCAAGUUUUAUAUAUAUUAAUACAUUGAUCACAGUACCUGAAAUGUAAAUUUUAAAAAAUGAUCUUUAUUUCAUACACAGUAACAGCAAAUAAUAAUAUUAAGAAAUUUUCAUUAUUCAUUGUUGAAAAAAUGGGAAUUUAUUAGUUUUUUAGAUUAAAAAAAUCUAAUUUUUGUAUGUUCUUGUGCUCCAAAGUUCAAUGGUUUAAUUUCUCAGGAAAUUUUUGGUGUAAAAUAUAUUGAAAAAACAUAUUCUGCUCUGCUUAUUUGUAUAUUAUGACUGACAGUAUAAUUAAUUCCUGUGGUUUGACAAAUUUUUGUACAGAAUUUUUUUGUAUUUAGUAUUUAUAAAUACUUUGAUUCAUAUGUUUAAGGCGAGCAAUUAUUUACUAUGGAGCACUAACUCAUACACCAUACAAAAAUUAUUUCUUAAUUGGGAAUUAUAAUCAAACAAUAUGCAAUAUUAUUUUUUUUUUCCCGGAUCAUAGGUCUCUUUCUAAAGUACACACACAUGUUAAUAAUGGAUUUUUUGACUUGUUGGUUGUCAGUUGUUCUUGUUACAAAAUAUGGUGUGAACAUUUAAAUUUAAUAUACAGUAUAUUUUCAUAGAGAAUUGUUUUACCAAAGUGAUAAUAACUGGAACAGGAUCAGUGAAAUUUGAUGGAUCUUCCACUUGUUCAUUUGUGAUAAAUGUUGCAUCAAACUGGAGGGAAAAUGUCUGAUCUGUUUCAGUGUUAAAAUGAAGAUAAAACAUUUAUAUUCUGAAUUUUAAAAACUAUAUGAAUCAUUAAAGGCAGGUAUAACUCAUACCAAAAAUAUAUCAUAUACUUGUAUAUAUAUAUGCACCGUAUAUAUAUAUAUAUAUACAUAUAUAUAUAUUAAUAAAUAGAUCAUGUA